AUGAGCUCGGGCGUCUCAGCUGUCGGCCACAUCUUUCCAAACUGCGCCAGCGGUCCCCUAGCCGACAAUGGUGUCUGUAAUACGGCCCUUUCUGUUGGGCAGAGAGCUCAAGCUCUCGUCGCGGCUCUUGAGACGGAUGAGAAAUUCGGGCUCUUAUCAAGCACGUCGCCGGGUGUCGAAAGGCUCGGGUUGCCUAGCUAUGAGUGGUGGCAAGAAGCUCUGCAUGGCGUCGCAUCCUCGCCCGGAGUGGCGUUCAGCGACUCCGGUGACUUUUCCUAUGCCACAUCCUUCCCACAACCGAUCUUGAUGGGUGCUGCAUUCGAUGACGAUCUCAUCGAGGCCGUGGCGACCGUUAUUAGCACCGAAGCCCGCGCAUUCAACAAUUUCAAUCGGUCAGGAUUGGACUAUUGGACCCCAAAUAUUAACCCCUACCGUGACCCUAGAUGGGGGCGUGGCCAGGAAACUCCCGGAGAAGAUCCUUUCCAUCUCAGCAGCUAUGUAACAGCUCUAGUAAAAGGUCUUCAAGGCGGAGAGGACCCCGACGUCCUCAAAGUGAUUGCCACCUGUAAGCACUUCGUCGCGUACGACAUUGAGGACUGGCUAGGAAACGAGCGCUAUGAAUAUGACGCGCAGGUCAAUCCCCAGGAACUCGCCGAGUAUUACAUGCCAACAUUCGAAGCUUGCGCGCGAGCAAACGUCGGAUCCUUCAUGUGCUCGUACAAUGCCCUGAACGGGGUACCGACGUGCUCGAACUCGUACAUACUACAAGACAUUCUUAGGGAUCACUGGAACUGGACGCGGGACUACCAAUACGUCGUCUCCGAUUGUGAUGCUCUUCAAAACGUCUACAUGCCUCAUGAUUACCGUGAUACACGCGAGGGUGCUGCUGCUAGUUCCCUCCUAGCCGGGACGGACCUCAACUGCGGUACCUACUACCAAAUCCAUCUACCCACCGCUUACCAGCAAGGCAUCAUCAACGACGACGCGCUCGACAAAGCCGUCACGCGACUGUACGCGGGUCUCAUCAAGCUAGGCUACUUCGACCCCGCCGACUCGAACCCGUACCGGUCCCUGACAUUCUCCAAUGUAUCCACGCCGUACGCCGAGGACCUCGCCCGCAAGGCGGCAGAAUCCGGCAUCGUGUUAAUCAAAAACGACGGCACGCUCCCGCUCCAGGUGUCCGAGGACGGCAACCUCACUGUGGCGUUCAUCGGGGCCUGGGCCAACGCGACGACGGACAUGCAGGGCAACUACAUGGGCAUCGCGCCGUACCUGCACUCGCCGUACUACGCGGCCACCCAAACGCCCGGAAUCAACGCCGUGUACGGCGGCGACCCCGGCGACCCCGUGACGAUCGGGUACCCGGCGGCACUCGCGGCGGCCGCCGCAGCCGACGUGAUCGUGUUCGCGGACGGGCCGACGACCGCCAGCGAGUCCGAGAGCAACGACCGCACGCUGAUCCGCUGGUCGGGCGAGAACAUCGACAUCAUGACGGAGCUCGCGGGUCUCGGCAAGCCGUUCAUCCUCUUGCAGAUGGGCGACCAGCGCGACGACACCCUCUUCCUCAACGACUCCAACGUCUCCGCCAUCCUGUGGGCCGGGUACCCGGGCCAAGCCGGCGGCGACGCCAUCGUCAACGUGCUGACGGGCAAGGUCGCGCCCGCCGGCCGCCUGCCCGUCACCCAGUACCCGGCGCACUACGUGACGGACGUGCCGAUGACGGACAUGAGCCUGCGGCCCGACUCGCGGACGGGGAACCCCGGACGCACGUACAUGUGGUACGAGACGCCGACGGUGCCGUUCGGGUUCGGCCUGCACUACACGAAUUUCAGCGCCGCGAUCGCGGCGCCUGGUAACGCGAGCGCGUGGCAGAUCGCCGACCUGACGAAGGCGUGCUCGGGCGUCGCGCACCUCGACCAGUGUCCCUUCCAGAACGUCUCGGUCAGCGUGUCCAACACCGGGGCCACGACGUCGGAUUUCGUGACUUUGGGCUUCGUCGCGGGAAACCACGGGCCCGCGCCUGUUCCGAUUAAGCGGCUCGUCGCGUACCAGCGGCUCCACGACGUCGAGGCGGGCAAGAAGCAGACGGCGAACUUGGCGCUGACGCUGGGGAGCUUGGGACGUCGUGAUGAGAAGGGGGAUUUGGUGCUGUAUCCUGGCGAGUACAGUCUGCUGGUCGAUGUGCCGACGCAGGCGGUUUGGAACUUUACGCUGGAGGGAGAGGCGUUUGUUUUGGAUGAGUGGCCGCAGGAUACGGGGUCAUAG